CCCCGCUCUUCCGCUCCCAAUCUGAGUAGUCUCGGUCUGCGCCGCGCGAGGGGUCGACGAGGAGAGGGGAAGAGGCGCCAUGGGGAAGAACCAGGCGUACAAGGCGAUGCAGCGGGCGCGGCUGGGGUCCUCCUCCGGCGCCCCGGGCGCCACCGACUCCCCCGAAGACGGCAUGACGGACGGUUCAUUUCAUUCUCCAGAGUGGCAUGCGGCGCGGUUGGCCAGCCUGAACAAGACGCACACCGUCACGUGGGAGGAGUUCAAGAAGAAGCAGAAGGAAGAUGAGUUAAAGAGGGGUGAGAUGGAAGCUGACAAAGAUAAAAUGAUGAGAGAAUAUAGGGCUCAACUGGAUGCUGAAAGGGCACAAAAGCUUGCUCUUGGAAGAAACCACUCAAGGUCAAAAUCAUCAUCUUCUAAGAAAGAGAAGAAGGAUAAAGAUGCAAAGAAACGGAGUAAAAGGAGGAGAAAGCAUAGAAGUUCAUCAGAGUCAAGUUCCAGUUCAUCAUCGGAAUCAUCAAGCAGUGAUGAUGAGGAUAGGGAUUCGAGAAAGUCCAGAUCACGGUCAAGAUUGAAGCGAACAAAAAAGGAUAAGAAGCAGAGGUCAAGAUCCAAGCACAGUGAUAAUGAGGAGGAAGGUCCUGUGCGGCUCUCUAAAUUCUUUGGGAACCCAAAGAAGUAGAUGGUGAUACCGAUAUGCCUUCUGCCAGAUGACCUUAUUGCAUAAUCCACUGAGAUAUGAAAUGAUGGCUGUAGACUGUAUCAUUCAGUUCCGAUUAUUGUGUGAAGGUGGAGAAAACCGAUUACUGUAUUACAUCUCAAGAAUGUUAAAUCAUUUUGACGGUUCGGCAUUUGAAUAUGAAUUCAGUAUAACAUUGCGGUACCGGACAAUCGAGAUAUGCUGGCACUUAAUAGCAUCAAAAGUUUUAAGAAAUUGCCUUGGUUCAAUUUGAAUUCAAAUACCGUUUGAAUUGUUUC